GAAAGCAACGAAGCUGUCUCUGACAUGGCAGGGCCUUCCGAAAGACGGGGGCACAUGACCAUCAUUGGUGCGGGCAUGGCUGGUCUGAGGGCUGCGGACGUUCUCUUAGACCACGGCUUUGAGGUUACUUUACUCGAGGCGCGACAACGCCUUGGAGGACGCAUACUCACUGACCGAUCAGGUGGCACGCCUGUCGACAUGGGUGCUGCAUGGAUGCAUGGCACCGCUUACAAUCCUCUUGUGAAGCUUAUUCGAGCGCUUCACAUUCAGUACUACUACGACGAUGGCACACCGCUCUACUACACCGAAUUCGGGCCUUCUGGAUCCCAAUUCAAAGCUCGAAAUGUGGUAGACGAGUUCAUUGACUACAUUGAACAUGUAUACGAUACGGCUCCCGAUGCAGACGACCGGUCAGCGCUGGAUUUCAUGCGCGAAUUCCUCCAGAAUCACGAACUCAUCACGGAUGACGAACGUAUGUGGGCUCCAGAAGCUUUUCGCGAGAUGGAGAAUACCCUAGGCUUGAGAAUGGAGGAGGCAUCUUCGAAAUUCUUCAAGUACGCGCUCCCACCCCAACGCGACUUGUAUGUGAAAGGGGGAUACGACACGAUCGUGCAGUGGACCGAGGACAAGAUCAAGUCCAAAGGAGGUAUCAUUAAGUUGGCCCACAACGUGGAUCGCAUAACCCACCACGAGCACCAGCCAGUUACAAUCUUUGGUCAAGCGGACAACACAGCUUUCUCCCUUACAGCUGACGCGGUCGUCGUCACCAUUCCUCUAGCAUGUCUGCAGAGCGAGAACAUUGUUUUCGAGCCCUCUCUGUCUCGAGAGCUAGAAAAAGGCUUUGAGAGUCUCAGCUAUGGUGCUCUGGGUAAAGUUGUGUUGGAAUUUGAGGAUGUUUUCUGGUCUCGGCAGAACGAUCAACUUCUCUAUUGUCCCACACCACCGCAGCUCGGGGAAGACUCUGAGCUGAGUGAGUGGCCUGUGCUAGGUCACGCCUUCGACGUCAUCAACUUGCACAUCUUCGACGGAUCGAAGAAAUUAUGCGUUCUAAUUAGUCCACCUCUCGUUCAAGAGCUUGAGGCAAUGCAGGAUGAGAAGUGGAAGAUAUACGAGUACCUGGAACCCCUUCUAGAGCUCUUUCGGACCGAGCCCUACAAAGCAUUGCCAAAAAUGGUGGACCUGAAGAUAACCAGCUGGACUCAGGACCCGCUAGCUGGCUAUGGUGCGUACUCAACCAUGAAGGUCGGAGACAAUCCCCGGGUGCUAGAGGCGGCUCUCAAAGCGAACAAGAAGCAUAGAGUACAAUUCGCUGGCGAGCAUUGUUCACUCACGGAAAUGGGAUGCGUGCAUGGAGCAUACAUUACUGGCGAGAUUGCGGCGCAAAAUAUCGUUCAGCUGCUCAAAUCGGAAGCAACCGGGCUUGGGAAUGUAGAGUAGCAGGGCGGGAGGAACAGGGGC